AUGGACGAUGCGGAAAUGACUUCAGAAAAGCCGACAUCUCCUGGGGACACGAUGCAGAUAGAUGACUUAGAUUUGCAAGAAGGAACCUUACCUUUGACAGAUGUACCGCAUCCUAGAAUGAUUAAGAAGCCCCAAGAUUCCCGACCGCAACAGCAACAGCAAUCAAAUGGUACUUGUUUACGUUCAGAUCAGCAAACCUAUCAAUUGAUGCAGGUUGACGACUUACAGGUCGGAAUCCUGCUGGAAGGAACUUUACCCGUUACAACACACGUCCCGCAACUGGAAACUUCCAAAACAGACGGAUUAACCCAAUCAGAGCCACAACACAACAACUCUCAGCAAGGCGAGCCGAGUCAUUGCUUCAGCAAACCGCAUGGAAUGCAAAGCCAUUCUCCGGAGCAUCUAGCCUUGGAAUCAGUUACCCAAAAAAUGCCAGAUUUGUCUAUGGAACAGUCGGUGACUUCACCAACGCUGGAGGCUAAACCGAAAGCGACAGCUCUGAUUGAGACAUUUAUAGACUUGACGGGCAGGGGGCGCGAGAAUCAAAGGAGACGUCCAAGGAUGCGCGAAGGUCGUUCCCGUAGCGGAUCCCCCGUAUCCCACGAAGAAGGGGUGCGAUCUCGCUCUCCGAUCCAGCCCCCGCGCCAAGAUGCACCACCCAAGGAUAAGACGGGCAUAUCUGGACCAGUACCACCAGAAUCAACCACUGAAAAAGUGGGUAUUAGCCCACAGCAGCUUGCCGCCUUGCCCUCAACCUACGAGAUGACGACAGCCAUAGGUACCAUGUACAUGCCCACGCAAGGCACUAUUGAAGCAGAGGAUGCAGUCGAGAUUCCCUCUACACUCGAGGCUGUACACUCGCCAGAACAACCAGCGCUUGAGCAAUCAAGGAGAUCCCCUGUCCAGCCGCCAGAGUCGAUUCCUGCCCCGCCCCUAUUUCUCUAUAUUGAUGAAAAUGAUAUUAGCGGUAACAGUGUUCUGCCGGACGAUAUGGUGGUUUCCCUAUGUGGCCCUUUUAUUGUGCCAGGUGAAAGGAUGACAGACAAUUUGAAGCGAUCUCCCAUCCAACCCCUUCAAUAUCCCGAUAUAGCUCCCCAUUUCAGUCCAAGGGGAAGGGAGUUGCCUCAUAAUGAAGCUGGUGGUGGAGAACCAUAUGCAAGUCCUAUGUCAGCCAUCGACGCCGAGCUACCGCUACCCGAGCCGUCUCAGUUUCACACGGACCAGGUUACCUCAGUUCAUCCUGAUACAGCCGAAGCAAAUCAAUCUUCCGGAGCCCAAGACAGACAGGACCCUGUGGAUGGAAACAACCGGGCUCGUAGUGGGGCUCUCGUAUCAAGUACUGUCCCAGAGGAUGAUCAUGGUGACAUUGCCAUGACAGCAGCUGAGCCUUUAGAAAGGUCUCCUAUCCAGCCCCCCGAGCUGGCCAGUGCUUCUUAUGUAGUCGGGGCGCUCGUAUCAUCCACUGACAGCAUGAUCAAUAGUUCUAGGAAUUCUAGAACUAGAUCAGUCAAGUCCCAAGGCGCCAAAAACACAAAAUCUGCUCUUACCAAACGAAAGGAGGCAAGAGCAUCCAGAACUACUACAAAGCCGACGUACACAUCUGCGGACAGGUUGGCUGGCCAGAGGACUGGUCACAAAGCACAAUCUUCAGAGGUCCACAAGCACGAGCGCUCAAGAGACGCCAACGGAGCCAAUAAUUCAACCUCAAAGCGAUCGCCUGUCAAACCUCCCGGACCUAGCUUGGCCGAUCAACAUUCAUCACAAGCCAUAGCAGAAAGACCCCUUCCACAGCAUACCCUCGAGCUGCAGACAUUGGAAAAUCAUCAACAAGAGUCUGGCCACCUAGCUCUUGACAUGAUGGCUUCUGAAAUCACACCUUCAGCUGUGGAUGAACCCAUCACGGUUCCAGAGAGACGCUCGCAUAUCUAUCCUCCAACUACAUCAGAUUUUCAGAUCGGACAACAUCAGCUAGUGAACUUGAUUCUAUGGCCAACCGAGCGCUAUGAAGGUCGGUCGCGACCGGCGGACUUGAGCCGGAUGGAGAUUGACACCGAAAUGCAACGAAAAAGGCGUAGAGAUGACUCAGACGACAGAUCCCAGAGCAAUACAUGUUUGCGUGAAGAUACUUCUCCCUCUAAUAAACGCCAGGCCAGACAUUCUGCAGCGGAGCUGCUGAAGCGAGCCCGGGCUCGAAAUCCACCAAGCAGCGGAAAUAUCCACCUUCCAGGGCAUGAAUCAGCCGAUAUGGAAGUGGAUGCUUCACCGCGCGGCAAUGUCAGUCGUAUUCUGAGUCUCCCGCCCAAGGCUCCUGCAAAGCCUGCCCACAAGAGUCGACGCCCCGAAAGACACCGAACAGUAGGCCCCACGAGACGUAGUGCGAGAAUUGAAGCCCGCAGUCGCCCACCCGAGACCCCUAUGGUUGCUACGUCGCAGGGCUGCGAAACUUCGUCCGGACACCAGGCGACUAGGGAGCAGUCAAGACGACGAUCCCCAAUCCAAGCUCCACCAAUCUCAACAUCAGAGCCCGUUGAGCCUAUUGAUACUGCUUCUAUAUUACGCCAAUCUCAGGCUCAAGCUUCCACAGAAAGACAAACAGCUAAUAAACGAGGAAGGAGAACCCCAUCAGUCAAGGAGAACCCCGGUCCCUUCACCUGGGCCGCUAAGACGUAG